ACAAACCCCCAACUACAACCAAACGGUUCUUUUCUACUUUUACUACCACAAUUUCCAACUUAUAUCACAAUGCUCAGCCUUUCUCAUGGUCGUGGACAAGGUAGCGGCCGUGGAGCAAGCGCCCGUGCCGCGCUCACGCUCGAAAUCCAAGAACAGCACUCCACGCAAAAGAUGCGACCUUGCCGGGUCAUCAUGGCAGUCGAUGUCAGUGGUUCGAUGGGAUGGCUUAUCGAGACUGUCGUCGAUGGCAUCUCCGGAAUCAACGCGGUCCUGAAUAACGAGGACCUCGUCAGUGUCAUAGACUUUGCUGAAACACAGCGAACCAUCUUUGGAUACUUGAAGCGAUCCAGAGUUGACUGGGACAACUUGAGGGACACGCUGAGAACCGAUGUGCAUCGCUCCAACCGCGGAGGCCAAACUGCUCUAUGGGACGCAAUCGGGUAUGUCCUCGACACGACUCCACGCAACAGGAAGUACAGCGUGUACAAACCCGAAAUCGUCAUCUUCACCGAUGGUCUUGACAACUGUUCAACAAAGCACGACAUCUACAGCAUCCAAGAAGCCAUCCGACAUCCGGGCAUCUCUCACGUUCACAUCACCAUCAUCGAUGCGUCUCCGGGCGGCAAUCCCAAGCUUAGAUUGGUUUGCGGAGAGACUGAGCAUUGCUCGUAUGUGCCUGUCCAGGCGUCUGAAGACGCCGUUGCGCGUGCUUUUGUAGAGGUCACUGCAGCCGUCACAAGACGUCUUACCAUCUCGGUCGACCUAUCAGGUGACACGAUGAACGCACUGGCAAGUACAUUCAAUCAGUUGGCCAUUGAACCUGCGGCGCUCCCUUCCACGGAGGAUGGGGAGACCAGUGGUGGGAGAGGGCGUGGACGUGGACGUGGUGGACGCGGGCGUGGGCGUGGGCGAGGACGCGGACGCGGACGUGGAGGACGAGGACGUGGGUCGGGCUAA